CCAUUUCCAACCGCUUGCUUUUCCAGCUGCUUUGAGGCCAGUCAGAAUCCGUGAAGCUAUCCGGCGACCAGACACACGGACGCGAGGAACGGGUGCUGAAAAUCACGCUGGCCCUGUGGAACAUGUCAUUAUGCUGCUCAGUCUGUCCAAAUCCGUCGGCGGGUGACUAACAGACAGCUUGAAGGGCUGGAACAAGCCGUGGACAUUUGCCCAAGGAAAGGGUUACUUGUUUGGGAGGAAACUCUUCUAGCGCGCGCUCUGUUUUGAUCGCGUUGACGGCGGAAUCACAUUCGGAAUCGUUGGGAACUCGGACGAUGAUUAUUUGCGGUGUUUGGCUUUUGGGAUUUCCAGCCUGAGCAACUUGGAAACAUCUCUGGGAUGCACUGUCCACAGUAGGGCGACCUGGAAAUAGGAAAAGCCCCCGAAUAAACCAGUUUACAAACAUUCUCGUAACUGAACUGCUGAUAUUUCGAACAGCUAUUGAAAAUGUCGAAUCCUCCUGUGAAGUUCAAAAAGGAUAAAGAGAUCAUUACAGAAUACGAGACUCAAGUCAAAGAGAUUCGAGCCCAACUGGUGGAACAGCAGAAAUGUCUGGAGCAGCAGACGGACAUGAGGGUCCAGCUCCUUCAGGACCUCCAGGACUUCUUCCGCAAGAAGUCAGAGAUCGAGAUGGAGUACUCCCGCAACCUGGAGAAGCUCGCCGAACGCUUCAUGGCAAAGACCAGGAGUACCAAGGACCAUCAGCAAUAUAAGAAAGACCAGAAUCUCCUGUCUCCGGUGAACUGCUGGUACCUGUUGCUGAACCAGGUUCGACGGGAGAGCAAAGACCAUGCGACACUGAGUGACAUUUAUCUGAACAACGUCAUCAUGCGCUUCAUGCAGAUUAGUGAAGACUCCACGCGUCUUGUCAAAAAGAGUAAAGAAAUCACCUUUCAGCUGCAAGAGGAUUUGAUGAAAGUCCUCAAUGAGCUCUACACGGUGAUGAAAACCUACCAUAUGUAUCACACGGAGAGCAUCAGUGCCGAGAGCAAACUGAAAGAGGCUGAGAAGCAAGAGGAGAAGCAGAUCGGACGUGUUGGAGAUCCCGUCUUUCACAUCCGACUAGAGGAAAGACACCAGAGACGGAGCUCUGUGAAGAAGAUUGAGAAGAUGAAGGAGAAGAGGCAGGCCAAGCACUCUGAGAACAAGCUGAAGUCGAUCAAAGCUCGGAACGAAUACCUGCUGACGCUCGAAGCCACUAAUGCUUCAAUCUUCAAGUAUUACAUUCACGACUUGUCUGAUUUAACAGACUGUUGUGAUCUGGGAUAUCACGCCUCUCUGAACCGGGCUUUGCGGACCUACCUCUCGGCCGAAUAUAACCUGGAGACGUCUCGUCACGAGGGUCUGGACAUCAUUGAGAACGCGGUGGACAGUCUGGACCCACGUAGUGACCGCCAGCGCUUCAUGGAAAUGUACCCUACUGCCUUCUGCCCACCCGUCAAAUUUGAGUUCCAGCCACAUAUGGGAGAUGAGGUGUGUCAGAUCACGGUCCAGCCUCCAAUGCAGGGAGAACUCCUCCUGAGGUUCCAGCAGCUUCAAUCCCGUCUGGCCACCCUAAAGAUCGAGAACGAAGAGAUUAAGAAGACCUCAGAGGCCACUCUCACUACUAUCCAGGACAUGGUGACCAUCGAGGACUAUGACGUGUCCGAAAGUUUCCAUCACAGCCGCUCCACUGAAUCGGUCAAGUCCACCGUGUCGGAAACUUACCUCAGCAAGCCGAGCAUCGCCAAGAGACGCGCCAACCAACAGGAGACGGAGCAGUUCUAUUUUAUGAAGUUCCGCGAGUAUCUGGAGGGCAGCAAUCUCAUCACUAAGCUUCAGGCAAAGCAUGAUCUACUGAAGAGGACCCUCGGUGAUGGUUACCGACCUGAGUAUGCGACUACAAGGCCUCCCAGUCUUCCUCCUAAACCGUUUGGCACACAGAGGCCCAGGCCACACUCUGUAUUUAACGUUAAGCUGUUUAAUGGCAAUUUGGAGUCAUUUGUUAAGGACUCUGGACAAGCAAUACCAAGAGUUGUUGAGAGCUGUAUUCGAUUCAUCAACCUGUAUGGCCUCCAACAUCAAGGAAUAUUCCGAGUAUCUGGAUCUCAAGUUGAAGUCAAUGAUAUCAAGAACUCCUUUGAAAGAGGUAAUGAUCCCCUGACAGACGAAGAGAAUAACCACGAUAUAAACUCUGUUGCGGGCGUUUUGAAACUCUACUUUCGAGGUUUGGAGAACCCUCUGUUUCCAAAGGAAAGAUUCAAUGAUCUCAUCUCUUGUGUCAGAAUAGACAAUCUGUAUGAGAGAGCGCUGUAUAUACGAAAGAUUCUUCUUACUGUACCCAGAUCAGUCCUUGUGGUCAUGCGAUAUCUGUUCGCCUUUCUCAACCACUUGUCCCAGUACAGCGAUGAAAAUAUGAUGGACCACUAUAAUCUGGCCAUCUGCUUUGGCCCCACCCUCAUGCCCACUCCAGAAACUCAGGACCAGGUCUCCUGCCAGGCCCAUGUCAAUGAGGUCAUCAAAACCAUCAUCAUCCAUCACGAGACCAUCUUUCCUGACGCGAAGGAGCUUGACGGCCCCUUGUACGAGAAGUGUAUGGCAGGCGGAGACUAUUGUGAGAGUCCAUACAGUGAACAUGGAGCUCUUGAGGAGGUUGAUCAGGAUAGAGGAGCGGAGACCCACACCAGUGAGGAUGAGGGGGAGCCCAUUGAAGCCAUCGCAAAAUUCGAUUAUGUGGGCCGCUCUGCACGGGAGCUGUCCUUUAAGAAGGGUGCAUCUCUACUGCUGUAUCAGAGAGCGUCGGAUGACUGGUGGGAGGGCAGACACAACGGCAUAGACGGCCUAGUGCCUCACCAGUACAUUGUUGUACAGGAUAUGGAUGACACAUUCUCUGACACUCUGAGCCAGAAGGCGGACAGUGAGGCCAGCAGUGGGCAUGGAGGAGAGGAGAAAUGCUCCAGUAGAGACAUUGGGUCUCCAACAGACAGCAGGCUACCUGAUGCCUACAUCAGCAGCAGGCACAGGAAGAGAAGUGACCCCCCGACCCGCAGGCCUCCAGCUCGCCCCACUGACACCCACUGCUUGGUCCACCCCUCACAGGGCCACCACGGCAACCAUAGCAGCCACGGAAGUCACGGCAACCCAGAUUUGGGAUCCCCAGUGAUGGGCCACUACAGUCCGCGGGACCUGCUGAGAGGAAGAGGACACAUGCCCAUGGAUAGUCCCGAGAGACGUCGACGGACCGGCCACGGCAGCCUGACCAACAUCAGCCGGCACGAGUCCAUAAAAAAGAUGGAGAGCCCUCCCAUCCGCAGGUCCACGUCUUCAGGCCAGUACACAAGCUUCUCCGAGCCUCACGGCAAGAGCCUGGAUCCAGAGAGCAUCGCACAGGACAUAGAGGAGACGAUGAACACUGCUCUAAAUGAGCUGAAGGAGCUUGAACGGCAGAGUUCUGCUAAACACGCCCCUGACGUGGUGCUGGACACCCUGGAGCCGAUGAAGAACGCUCCCACACCGGCCAGCUCCACCGAGUCCCUGAGCCAACUCCACGGGCUCCUGCUGCGGCCCGCCGUCAAGGAGCUGCCCAUGCGCCGCAGCACCAGCUCCUCCAGCGAUACCAUGAGCACCUUUAAGCCCGCCGUGGCCUCGCGCAUGGGGAUGCAGCUCAAGCCCCCCACCCUGCGGCCCAAACCCAUGGUGGCGAUACCCAAAACAGGAGCAGCGCAGCAUCUGGCGGCCCCUCCACAGGAUCCACUGGACAAAUCCUGCUCCAUGUGAUUCAUUGUGGGCGAAACGUUCAGGGACAUGAGGACACAAUGUAAGAUUAGGACCACUGCUGUCAGAGCCAGAUUUAUAGUGGAUUUUAAUGCCAAUGAGCAUAGUGACGUGUGGUUCUUUAUUUUGCAACAUUUCAUUCACUUUAGCGAGUGGACUAAAGCAAAUAUAGAUAACUAAAGAUAAUAGAAAUACAUUACUGUGGUUAAUGAGGUGACUGUAGUUUUGAACAUAGUGUGUAUAAAAUUCCAACACUACUAUAGGGAUUAUUAAUAAACUAGAAUAACGUCGCUCACUAAGCAUGGUUCUGAGGGAGGAUAGAGUUAGUUAAACAGAUGUUUACUAUUUCAGAGUUAGUCAAUUCAAAUGAACAUUUUUAGAUAUUCUAGACACCUGCAACUAACGGAAAGCAGUUUAUUUGUAUCACAAAACUGUUUGCAUGCUUGUCUGACACCUUAUUUCUUCCCGCAAUACUCUGUGUGAAUAGAUUAAGGAGUUGUGACAAUGAUAUUAAAGAAAGCAACAAAUCAUUACAGCUUCCUACGGUAUGUUGUUAAGGGUGACUUUCUAUAUAUCGGUAGUUUACAUCCACUAGAAAAACUGCUAAAUGUGAAUAAUACAGAAACUAAGCGGGGUCUUUGGUUUCUCUGUUUACAGCAUAAGGAUUGUGGGAAAUGUGUCUUUACAUCUCAGAGUGUUUUCUUGUCAGGACUCUUUGAAAUGAUGUGUGGAGUGUUGACGUUGGAGAAACACUGCCAUAUAAGGGCAUGUGAUGUCACAUCUUCUGCUCGUCCUGAUUGGCUGUCGAUGUUAUGAGCGAUUCUAAGUUGUGUCAGCAAGGCUUUACUUUGAAUAUUAUAUUUUUGAUAGUAAUAUUUGAAUAUAUGCCCAGGGAGAUUGUGUAAACCACAUCCGCUUACAUUGAAGAAACAUUUUCCUAGUUUUUUUUUUCUUCACUUGAUUUCUUAUUUAGAAAGAUAGAAAUAUAUAUUGUGUAUAUAAAUGUACAUCCAUUAAACCUUUGUUCAUUACUUUCUCCCAGGAACCAACUGCUCACUAUAAACUAUUUUUGUAGUAUCUAUCUGCUUAAUUAGAUGUAAUCUGUCAAUAGUCAAGUCUAGCUGCCCAAAAAAAGUAUAAGUUCUUUAAGUGCUGCUUAGAGAUUGAUGCAUAUAGGCAAUGAGAAUCUUUUCCCUGUCAGCUUAGCUGUCUAAAACGCUCGGCUUGGUUCUAUCCUAUAAGCAUGAACGAUAAUCCAUUUAGUCGUCAUAUGCAAGUACUUUUCUAGAAACUUUUGAGGUAAUAUUUCUUGUUGGUUCACCAAACAAGGGAAUGAUGCCAAUAGCCAUGGACUCAGAGACUGUUACUGCAGUGCUUUCGUGGGAUAGUGCUGUUUCUUAUGUGUGCUUGAGGCCCAUUAACCCUUCAUAAUAAUGACACACACAACACCGCACCCAAAUUAAGUCAGUCACACGAUCUACCCAAAGAUAAAGAGUUAUGUACAGCAUCAGCCACUCCCAUGUAUUUGCACUCCAAAAUUAAAGAUUUGGGAUUUCAUAUACAGUAUAUGAAUCUGUGCAUCGACAUUCACAUUAUUAUGACAGUUUGACAAUAGCUUAGUGUGUGUGUGUGUGUAAUUGUACUGUAUUCACUGAUGAUUAUACAACAGUUUACUCAUAUUUAGGUAGAAUAUGCUAUGAAAUGUGUUUGGCUGAUGUUACACAAUUGUCCAUCGCUGAACCAAGGGGAUAAACUGUA